AUGCAAUCGAGCCCGUGCCUGUUACAGACCUGGGAGCGACUUAUAUCUGCCCGAUACACGGCAUGGCUCCAGUUUCUGCAAUCCAAGCACCGCAGAAUUUUGCAGCAUUUGCUGGAGCAUCCGACCGCCUUUAUUCUCUGGCCGACCACCAUCCUUUUUGUACUGAGCUAUCCCACGCUCUACUCGCUGUAUGCGUCCACAUCAAGCGUCUUUCCAACAUCUCUUAGCGACACCAGCUACGUUAAGACGGUUGAUAUUCACCUCGCUGACAGCCCGCUGGCCGAGCCUGACUUCUUCAUGAAAAGUGUGUGGAUCCAGCCGAACCUAAACUGCGAAAACCGCACUCUGUCUGGCGCGAUGGAAGCCGUGGCGAGGAGGAAGUCUCACGGAGCUCUGAAUAAAGAAUUUUUGCUGGAUGUCUUACAUUUACAGCAAGAAUUAAUACACGGCUUAGAGACAGGAGACGAUUCGCUGGGAGAUGGAUCCAUAUACAUACACUCGCCUCUCGAAUACUGGCAUAAUAACGAAACGUUGCUGCGCAGCGACACAAAUGUGCUUAAAACCAUUCAUCUCAUGGAGUCUCAGAAAGCCAAUUGGAGGGUCCCUCUGUCGCGAUUUCGACUGCUUUCAGGAAUUAGCAAGGUGGAUGGAAUAGUCAAGAGUGCCGAAUCGCUGCAGCUCUGCAUCAUUUAUCCGACCCAGGCCUCACGCCAUUUUGAGCAAAUUUGGGAGGAAAAUUUGCAGACGGCCAAAUCAAACAACAAGUUCCACGUCUUUGAGGCAGAGGACCCUGGAAAAACCAGCUUUAAGCUCACCUACAAAAAAUGUAAUUUCCUGGAGAGUGCUCUGGUAGCGGCUGCUCCCGUGCUUGUGGCUGUCUAUGCCAUAAUAUCUCUAACCAACGUUCACUCCAUCAAGUCGAGAACUGGCCUAUUUUGUGCCUACGCUGUCCAGAUCACUUUUUCCAUAUUCUCCAGCGCAACUUUGUCAACGUAUUUUUACAGGACUCUUGACCUUUCUCAACUCCCGCUCUUGAUCACUCUGUCAAUCGUGCUACUGGUGAGCAUAGAAAAUACCUUUCGACUAGUGGUGGCAACGUCGCGGACAUCCGACGAAAUGUCUGUGAGCACUCGUAUUUGCAAGGCGGCGCUUUCAAGUCAUCCGCUGUCCACGACGAUCGUCCUAGCAGACAUCGCCUUGCUGGUUUUGGCGUUGCCAUUUCUGAGCGAGCUCGCCAGAAAGCAUGUGCUUUUCACUUCGCUGACCCUCGUGUUCGACCAUCUGUUGCACGUCAGCUAUUUCACGACAAUUGUGGGAAUAGAUAUACGCCGACUUGAGCUGCAAGAUCUUUUGCAAAGGUCGAAUAAGCACGACGAUUCUCAGGAUCAGGAGAUGCAAAUGAGGCCGCUUGGUUCUGGCUCUAUCUUUUCUUCGGCUUUGCUCAGUCCACAAAACAACAGAGACCGCGGGGUGUCAUUCUGGACGACUGCACGGCAGUACCUCUUCAAGGUGAAACUUCCGCUAUUCAAGUCCUUUCGUUCAAGUGUUGCCAUUGUGCUGGUUGUAUUUUUACUAAUAUCCAAAUGGACCUGUGGCGUAAACUGCCACAUUCCCCAGACUUUCGCGUCUAUGCAGUCGAUGUUUGCAAACGCUUCAGUGAUGGCUCUUCAAAGCAUGUCUUUGGAUUUUUUCCCCGAUAAAAAAGUGCUGGCAGCCGAGCUGCUUCAGCUAUACUCGAAAUUUGCGAAUUCACAGAAAGACCAGUUUAUCGUUUCUAUUUUGGAUCCCACAGUGGUUCUUGCGAAAGAUGCUGUGCAGCCUUUCGCGGAGCCGCUGCUUGUUGGCUCCAACCAGGAAACGGUCUUCAAUUUUGACAUGCUCUACAUUCUGGAGUUUUUGAGCUGUUUGACGUUUGUGAUGUCCAGUGCGCCUUUAAUUCUCAAAUAUUUCCUGGCCAAAGAUGGCAUCAACGUUUCUUCAGGGUUGGGAGGAACGCUGGAAACCGCGCCGGAAAACCAGCACACCGCUUUCAACUCCAAAGAACUGGUCAACGGCCAUUUCCUGGACGUUGUGCGCAUAUCCACCUCUUCCUGUCCGUUCAUAGUUUCUGUGGGGAUGGACCACAAGAUUCUCGUCUGGUCGCCAAUGACGGUUCCUCUUCCUCCUCCUACACAGCUGCCUCUCAGUGGAACUCUGUUGCCUGUCACCAAUGUGGUGAUGUCAAACACAGGCUCUCUAAUCACUGUGUUCAGUAAAUCCGGGGCGGUGAAAUGCUGGUCGCGGUUUACCAUGUCGUGGAUAUGGACGUGUCAGGUCGAUGAGCUGAUAAAUGACACUCCGUUGGAGUCUUUUUUCAGAGCUCGAACGAGUCCUCAGCUAUCACGCUCUAAAGUCAAGACCGUGACUCGGAAAUCAAAGCUUUCCAAACAGGUACGCUUGGAUGACAGCUCGUCGUCCGAAGAUAGUCCUGCGCCGUCUGUGCAUCCGAUAGUUCGCGGAAGGACGUCUUUAAAUCGGGCUUUUCUUGGUCAUGGACGGUCGCCGUCUGUCGACUCGACGUUCGACCGGGGAAAGCAUUGCGGUCCCAAUGUGAACAAAAAUGAAGAGUUUGUGAUGGUGCUGAGGAACGGCGAUAUGGUGACUGUUAACUGUGCAGACGGGUCAAUGACAAGGACGAAUUUGACCCAGCACAAGCUAAUAUGCUGCAAAAAAAUAGUUACACCCAGAGUCAACGACAGAGUCGUGGGGGUGCUGGACGACGGGUCUUUGGUGGUUGCCACAGCGAUCAACAACAAGUGGAAGGUGAGGUCUGUAAAGGUGCAGACAGAAAGCUACAAUUCUGGCAAGCGACUAAUUACACCAGCGAUGAUCUCCAGAACCUCGUCGAUGAACCAGAAAUCUCUCGAGUCGUUGCAAAAGCUGCGUGCGAACGUGGCCCUUGGGUCGCAGUCUGCGAUUGAGGUGGAGCAGCUCCCCGACACUCCGGAAAGAGAUUAUUCCGGCGCGGUGAUAGAGCCUGUUCCGUUUGUUGGAAUGUUUGUGAGAGCAUGUGAUCUGACGGCGGAGCUGAUCGACGUGAACUCGGGCACUAUGCUAAAAUCGGUCAACAUCGGCCAGUUCAAACCCAACACUUUUAAAGUGUUUCACGCAGAGCCGUCUCAUUGCCGGUUCUGUGGAUGUGCUUCCGUGAGCUCCUUUUCCAUAGCAUACACAGAGCUGGAAACUGAUACACUCAUCGUGCACACUUUCUCCAUCGACAACAAGGCCAAAAACAGCAUUUGCAUGAGAGUCGAGAGAGACCCCCGCGAGACGCGGUGUCUUGGUUUUGCGUCGGUGACAGAGCACCAGCACUGGCUGAGCAACGUGGAAGGCUGGUGUCCAACAGACCUCAAUUUUCUGAUUGGAGUGCGCAAAAAAACGAACCCUGAGGACGAUACAAGAGACGUUUUUGGCUACAGCUCGAGCAAACGGCUCAUAGAGGGCGAACGGCUGCGGAGUCGCAAGAGCAAGCGUGCUGCUGCUGAAAUGAAACUACAUGAUAUUUGGGAAGGAUGGACCAUGACCGCUACGGGAGAGGUGAAAUACUACGAGAUUCCGAGCGGCGCCAGUUCAGGGCUUCUGAUCAGACGCAUAGGCCCUGUUCAGAAAUUUGGGCACAAAUCGAUCGUCGUCUCGUUUGGCAACAUUAUGAAGAUCUUGUACCUGGGAAACGACAAUUUGAUCGAUAACGGAGAAACAGAAGGUGAACUGGCUGUUCCUUCUGUACAGCCUCCCAACGCGUUAGGAUUCAUCAACAGAAGACGCAGAAUGAAGCUGACGAAGUACGAAUUGACACACUCGACAAAUUUCAGCGACGUUGACGAGGAGUGA